CAUGUUCCAGCCAGUUAGGAUGUUAAGAGUCAACUCCCCAAGGCCCGUUAUCAUAAUGGGAGUGUGUGAGAAUGAAGUGAGACAAGCUCUCCUGGAAGACUCUGCCUUCUCUCUGCCUCCAAUAAAGUCCCACACUUCACUCACAAUGCUUAAAGACAAUGAAGGAGCCACUGAUCAUAUCCUCUUAAAGAGGACUGGAGAGAAUGUCCGCUAUUGCAUAGUAUCUGAUAUCAAAUCAAUUGCCGACCAAGAUCAACACUGUGUGUUGAUGGUAGAGCCAACACAAUUAAAGAACAAUCGUGCCCUCUCCUCCAUCAAUCCCAUCACUUUAUUGUUAUUCACUAAGAAGAGCAGCACAAUCACCUUCAAGUUCCAAGUAUACAAAUGCUCAUCUGAGACUGUCAGUAAGUAUCUUCAGGAUUUAAAGCAGAUAGAAGAUGAAUACUCGUCUUGUUUUACUGGCAAGAUUGAGAUUAGUGGCGGGUUGGACAACAUUGUCAAACAAGUUAAGAGUGAAAUAGCGUGUCAACAGAAUAUGGUCAUAUGGGAAGAAGAAGACUGAGUCAUUUUUAUUUCAUCAUAAUCAUCAGAAACAAAAUUAAUAAUUAUUAUCAUCUUUCAUUUUUAUUCUUUUAGUGUAAUGGCUGCUGCUUCAGGCAAAA